CAUAGGUUGUUGAGUCAAACGGCGAGAGCAUUGUACAUAUUUUGAAUAUUCUGAUAAAUUAUUCUGAUAAAUUAUUCUAGAUUCUUUUAUUGUUUACCUCUUUUCUCUUGCCAUAGAUUUAUGAAAACGAUCAAACAACAAAACAACAAAACGACAAAACCCCAUUGAAAAUAUUUAUGCUUAAUCAAAGGCGGGAAGCACAGCAAGCAAGCACCCUGACAGAACUUCUUAUUUCAACAUAUUGUCUCCCUUUCUCAAGAAGUUCACCAUCUUCUCUUUUUAUCCGCACCCUGCACUAGAAUUUCCGAGAUGGCUUCAAAAUCAAUAAUUCUCCCACCCUUAGUUCCAUAUCCCAAACUAUCAUGGAGGUCGAAUAUGCUACCUGAGGAGUGGGAGGCUUGCUUGGAUGCCUGGCUAUCUCUAAUCGAAGCACACCUUUCCAUGUCAACUCCAGAUUUUAUGCGGAUAUCAGCAAAAGAUGAAUCCCUACCGGACUUCCUGCUAUCUUACUUUGCCGAAAUAGCUCUAUCACAUGAUGAGAACUUGUCAACAAAUUCCUCAAAGUUCAAGCAGCUACGCAAGCAAGCAUAUCUCCUAUUCUAUAAGUUGAUUACCGUUGAUAAAUCACCGGAAUCUUUAUUGCGCUGGGAAAUUCUUGCAGAUGUAUGUAAAGGUUAUGGAAAGGAAAGGGGCGGCAAGGUGACUACAUUAGCAUGGAGCAAGCACUCAACAGCAAUCGAGGCUUCGUUGAGUAGUGUCAAGGGAUUGUUGACAGAAGAGCUGGAUGCUGGCCUCAAGGGAGACCUCAAAGGCUCCGAGAUACUACUGAGACGACUAAAUCAUUUGCUAUACGCCUCUCCUGAAGCAUCCUCAUUCUUCAUGGCUGGGGAUGAUUUCGUGGAUGCUCUUAUAAGUUGUUACAAGCUGAUGAAUCCACCAUUGCGCAAAGUCAUUCUCUCCACUAUGUAUCUUUGUAUUAUUGGACUUACAGAAGGUCCCAAGCCAAGAUUUUCAUCUCUUAUCGACCGACUUUAUUCACUAAAUGCUGCAGCUGAAGCACAUAAGAAAGGUCCGAUCAAUGUGAACGACUCACUGGUUGCUGAAUUGGUCACAGUGACACCCGUGCUAAAGCAAACUCAAGAAAGAAUUGAUGCUAGUGGCUCAGGGUCGAGCAGAGCGAAGUCUGUCAUCACGACUUUAAAGGGCUUUCGUAAACCUGGAGGCGGUGGAAGGCCACGCCACAUUAUCAAGAAGAAGCCCAAUAAUGGCAAGGGCCUGGCCGACGCUGGUGGCCAAGGGGAUAGCAAUAUGCAUGUUCAUCAAAUGAGCCUUAUAUCACAAGUCCAGGAUUUGUUCCCAGACCUUGGGUCGGGUUUUAUUGUCAAGUUACUUGAAGAAUACCAUGAUAAUACGGAAGAAGUUAUAUCUCAUCUUCUGGACGGUUCUUUACCACCAAGUCUAAAUAUUGCUGAUCGACAUGAAAUUCUGUACGUACUCUCAUGCUCCGGAAGCCACCGCUCUAACCAUUUCUAUAGAAAAAUUCCCAACGAAUCAUCUUCAGGCCACGCCGGCCUAGCACCUCAUUCAACUCCUCCACAACUUCCUACCCGCCUCAACGUCUUUGAUGAUGACGAGCUUGACCAACUCACAGUUGAUGCCUCCCGCCUACAUUUCGGUCGUCGAAACCCCGACCAAACAGCCGAUGAUGUACUGCAAGAUCGCUCUACUGCACCCAACAAGGCCGCCAUUUUAUCUGCACUUGCUGCUUUCGACUCAGAUGACGAUGAAAGAGACGACACAUACGAUCUUGCCGAUGUAGGCGGAACUGUUGAUUCCACCAACCCUGAAGAGCCCAACCCAGAGAACAACCUACAACAAAGUGCACAUGAUGAAGCCCUGUUCCGUGCCUACAGGUCAUCACCAAGCAUCUUUGCUAGAGAUGCAACCACUCGUAGAAGCAAGGAAAGAGCAGCCAUAAGACAAGAAACAGGCAUGACUGACGAAGCACUUGAGGGAUGGGCGAUCAUGCUUUCUCGCGACCCUAGACAAAUGCGAAGACUCGAAACUAGAUUCGCUACUUUCAAAGAGGAACAAGCAGAAUUGGAAAGUACGGCUUGGAGAGCUGUCGAGGGAGAGGAAGACGGAAAUGGAAAUGGAAAUGGAGAAUUAGGGCAGAGGUGGAAGUGGUUGGAACAAAAUGUGGUGGCGAAGGAAUGAAAGGAAAGGGAUGGAGGAUGGAAGGGUAUUGAAAAAUGACUUUAUAGAAGGUGCAACGCGUAAAUAUGUUUAAUAUCUUCGAUUCACUAGCGGUCAUCUCACGCACAUGCCAUCAUGCUAGAAGGUGCCUCCACUCACUUUGAACGAGCCUCAUGAUCGGGCCAGGGAAAGUCAAAAUUUCUCAUAGAGGGAUUCAUGUCUGGGCGGAAGUGAAGGGAUAUAAAAAAGUGUACGAAGAGCAGCUUUACGAAUUCAGAGUUUGUGUGGGAAUCCGGUAAGCGCGAACAAUGGGUGGUUGCUACGCUGGUAUGAGGAUAAGAUAUAUUGAAGUGGAUCGCGAUUCAGCGAGCAAAAGUUAGUAACAAUUAAAGGGUAAAAUGCCAUUGAUAGAUGCUC